UGUAUCGAGUGAGUAGGCAGGAGGUGUUGAAGUUAUUUAAUUGAGAAACUGUGUUCCUACUCAGAAGAAAAUAGAUCGUUGGCUCGUGUUAACAACGGGAAAUGGCAAUUGUUACGGAAGAAAACUUAUUUCGGAGCUAACUAUAAAAUAAACGUUUUUGUUAUUAAUGAUUGAUAAUCACAAUAUAGGAAAACUUCGAAGAGACAAUUUAAUGAAAAAAGAUACCUGAAAAACAAACACUGAGAUUUUAACGUAUAAUGGGUACACUGCAUAAAGAAAGAAAAGCGAAUUCUGUAGUUCCGAGAGUCCUCCUUGUAACCCUAGUGAUAAUACAAUUGUACCACACCAUGGCUGACAAACAGACAGACAAACAAGACACAGCAAAACACAACAGACGAAAGCGCCAGGCGGGCGACCUGGUGUUGAUGGGCUACAAGGCACAGAAGGCACUCAAAGGAACCACUCGGCCCUCGGACUUCUUUUCAAUGAUUGGCAAGAAAUGGGCCGUACCGUCCGGACUAGACGGCCUGGCCAACAAUGACGAGUGGUUGCGGUCGAACAAUGUGGGGGGCGGAUUGUACAUCGAGCCCGAAGAGUAUAUGGACUCUUGGUGACGCGGAUAGGCGUGGCAUUGCCCACACCGGGUCUACAUAUAUGAAUAAACAAUUCAUUUCUGUGGAUUUAAAUUGAAAUAAAGUUAUAGUGUAUUUGUUGUUGAAUAACAUUAACAAUUUAUCGGCAAUGUAUAAGAAUAAAUUCUUUUUAGUAUAUUUUGUUUUAAAUUUUAAGGCGUUUUAACUGUCAAACUUAUACAAACGGCACACUCGCAACACACACAAAACAACAAUUUCUUUUGAAUGUAUUCAUUUUAUUUAUUAACAUUCCGCAUCAUAGCAAUAAAAAGAAUUGUCGCAAAGUACUCGAGAUUUUAAAAAGAAAUCAAAAUAGUAUAUUGAUCUAUCCCCUUUAAUAUACAUAAGGAAAUCAUAAAUGAUGGAAAUCAUGAAUUGCAUUUAGUUAUGUAAAACAUCAUGGAAUAUUUUGUUGUUUAAUCAAUAUCUG